AUGGCGGCGCAGGCCGCGCGGCUCCGGUGGGCCCUGCGCCGGGAGCUCCCGCGCGGCGUCGGCAAGGUCGCGGAGGACAUUGUCGUCCACCUUGCGCAGUCGCUCGAGGAACCCAGCGCGCAGGAGGAGGGCGAGGUCGUGGAGGACUGGCCCCGUGCCGACCUCCGCUCUUCUGCUUCCUCCUCGACCUCGCGCCCGGGGCCGACGAGGAGGGCGCGCGUGGCCUGUGCCUGCGCAUCCUGCGGCGCUUCCGCGCCGGCGGCUCGGAGGGCGGCCUCACGCCCUCGACCAGCACCGGGUCCGAGGAGCCGGCCGCGCGCGACGCCAGCGCGGCCAGCACCGAGGCCAGCGGGGCGGGCGGGGCGGCCCGCGGCGGGCGGGCGGAGGCGUGCGCCCCGCCGGCCGAGGGGGAGCACGGGGAGGAGGAGGACAUACGUGCGGUGGCUCUCGGAGUGGAUGGAGAGGCUCUGCAUCGCCGAGUACGCCGCGGCCGCCCGCGGGUGGUGCGCGGAGAUGGGGGCGGCCGAGGUCGACGAGGUGCUGGACGAGUGGGAGGGCUUCUGCGACGCGCUGCGGCUGAAGCCGCUGCAGCGCAAGCGCGUGCGGAGGGACGCGGAAGGCAGGGCGCUCGCGUGCCCGCCGGGCUCCGAGCCGCACGCCCGGUGCUGGCCUUCGGUUCCCGCGGCGCCGCCUGAGGAGGAGCUGGAGCGGCGGGCGCUGCGGCAGAACCCACAGCUGGGCCGGCCGACCUCCCAGGUGUGGUGGCCCGCUCGCAGCGCCACGACCACCCAGACCUGA